AAAGAAGGGGAGAGAGAGAGAGAGAGAAACAAAAGAGAGGGGGAGAGAGAGAGAUGAGUUUGAGGAAUCUUCAUGAGAUGGGUUUAGGUUUUGAAUCUCCAAGCUUCAUUGAAUGGCUUAAAGCUCCAUCGUCGUCUUCUUCUUCUUUGUUAUUUCGUAUCAAGACCAAAGAUGUUAUAUCAAGAUCAAACCACCAGAGUAUGUUGGAAAGAUCUCUAUUCUCAUACCAACCACAAGAACCACUCAACACGUCUAUUCGAUGCUUGCCUCUUCUAAACAAGCUCAUGGAAAAUGAAAGUCAGGCUUUGGAUGAUAUCAAAGAAGAGAAGGAUGAUGAUGAUGUGGUUACUCUCCAGAUCGGAUUGCCAAACUAUCGACGUGGUAGCUCUGUGGAGGAUGAUUCUGAUACAACAUCCGAUCAUCACCAGAAGAGCCCCAUCAAGAGAGAGAUAAUAGAUGAUGAAGUGGUGAUGAUGAAGAAGAGAAGGAAGAUGAUCAUUGAUGAGGAGAUGAAUGAUUUGGAUAUGGAAGUCUGUGGGAAGAGGUUUUGGAUACCAAGUCCCGCUCAGAUUCAUGUCGGUCCAAUGCAAUUUGCUUGCACUAUUUGCAGCAAAACCUUCAAUAGGUACAAUAACAUGCAGAUGCAUAUGUGGGGACAUGGAUCAGAGUUCAGAAAAGGAGCAGACUCACUGAAAGGCACAACCCAACCCGCAGCUAUCCUGCGUCUACCAUGUUACUGCUGCGCGGAAGGAUGCAAGAACAACAUCAACCAUCCACGUGCCAAGCCCUUGAAGGACUUCCGUACACUUCAGACACAUUACAAACGUAAGCAUGGCUCCAAGCCUUUCUCUUGCGGAAAAUGCGGCAAAGCGUUGGCCGUGAAAGGUGACUGGAGGACUCAUGAGAAAAACUGUGGGAAGCUUUGGUAUUGUACAUGUGGAUCAGACUUUAAGCACAAGAGGUCUCUUAAAGACCACAUCAAGUCUUUUGGUAAUGGACAUUCUCCUCACCCUUCUCUUUCGUUUGGUGGGUUUGAGGAGGAUACGGAAUGUGUCACCACAGAGUGAUCAGAGCCACGUUAGGUAGACUCGUGGGGGCUGUGGGAACCAUCGGUCCAUAUAGGUAAGAUCUGAAUUUUCAAAUGUUGCUUCUAACCACAAAAAAUAUCGAGUCUAACAAAGAAUUUCUAUCUUGCAAAGGGAGAAAUUCUUUGUUAGACUUAGACUCAAUUACAUCAAAUCUAACAUCUUAGCAAAGAAAACGAAGCAACAUUUUAAAAUUUAGAUCUUCUUAUUGGGAUAUAUUUAUGGUGAGUCUACAUAGAACCCCACACUGUCUAUCUAACACUUGUAAAAUUUGAGGUCUUGAGCGUUUUAAGUAUUUGGUGUGUUUUAGUUCUAUUAUCAUGCAUGUUAGGGUGUUUUGCGACUAAAAAUAACCUUAAGAAGAGGUUAAUUUAAAUAAUGCUCUCUAACAAAAACUUCUCUUUCUCCGAGGGAUGUAUUUGUCGGGGAGCAUUUGGUUGCUUGUGUAAAACCCCUGUUUAUCUUUGUAGUAAGCUUGUACUUUGUUUCCAGUCUUAACUAGGUUUCCUCUUUUUUUAUUAAGGGUGGUUAUCUUGUGAAGCACGUGAAUUUUCUGUUUCUCUCAUUCAUGUAUUUGUAUUAGAUGAGAAAAUUGGUGUGCUUCACUCUAUUAUUGUACGAUAAUCCUCCUUUGAGACUUUCUAAAUAUUGUAAUCUCUCUUUUCAUUACA